AUGGCUGCUUUCAUUGCCACUUUCAUGUUUCUCCUCGCCCUAAUCAAUGCUCAAAAUGCCCCCCAUGACUACCUCGCGCUUCACAUUUACGCUCGAGCCCAGGUCGGCGUCGGCCCCAUGCAAUGGAGCAACACCGUGGCCGCGUACGCUCAAGCCUAUGCGGAAAAAAGAAAGGGUGACUGUGCCAUGAUUCACUCAAUCGGGCCGUAUGGAGAAAACAUAGCCGCGGGCUACUACCCUGAGUUCACUGGGGCGGAUGCGGUGAAGCUGUGGGCGAACAAGAAGAAAGAGGCAAGCUAUGUAGAGACUUAA